AUGCCACUCGUUGCCGCACGUCUUCUGCCACGCUGCCGCUCUCUCCAGCAGACGACUCGUGCUGCCUUUGGAUCCAUGGCUCUGUACCAGUCGCCGUCAGCCGCGGCUACAGCCAGCGGUCCAGCACGUCAGGACAAGCUGAUAUUCGCCCCAUCGCCGCUCUCGGCCUCCGCGCCCGGCACGCCUGCCCCGGCCGGCCAGUUCACCAAGCACGAGCAGGACGGUGGACUGCGGCGGGUCGACCUGAGCGCCAGUGGACCGGUGGCACAGUUUCACGCCUGGUUCGCCGAAGCGCGGGCAGCCGGCAUCGCCCACCCCGAGUCGUGCACGCUGGCGACGGCGAGCCUGCCGUCGGGUCGCGUCAGCGCGCGCGUCGUCUACCUCAAGGAGCUCGAUCCGCUCGGCUUUGUGCUGUACUCCAACUUUGGGACGUCGCGCAAGGCGGCCGACCUGUUCGGCACCACCGACGGCGCCCAGCAGCCAAACCCCUGGGCCGCCCUCACGUUCUGGUGGGAGCCGCUCGAGCGACAGGUCCGUGUCGAGGGCCGCGUCGUCCGCCUUCCCGCUGCAGAGUCGCAGCUGUACUUUGACACGCGCGUGCGCGGCUCCCGCAUCGGCGCCUGGGCAUCGCGCCAGUCGCAGGUGCUGACGCCUGCCGAGACUGGAAACUCCGAAUCGGCCGACGACGGCCGCACUCAGCUCGAACAGUGGGUUGCCGAGGCCCAGCAGCGCUUCGGCAUCGCCGACGACGCCGGCCACAUUCCCGUGCCCGACUUCUGGGGCGGCCUGCGCAUCGUGCCCGAACGCGUCGAGUUCUGGCAGGGCCGCAAAAACCGCCUGCACGACCGCUUCGUUUACGACCGCGUGUCCGGCAGUGACGGCGCCGAGGAUUCCUGGUCGCUGAACCGUCUCAGCCCAUGA